AUGUUAAUUAUAGCCAUCCUUUUACAACUAUUCGAAACCGUUUUCAUUAUAACCGAGUUUAUAGAUGUCUUCUACGUUAAGGAAAACUUAGAUUUGGUUUUAACAAACCUCAAGUUUUCGAUGCAAGAUAUAGCUAAUAGAUAUUCUUUAGACCCCAAGAAGAAGAAAAAUAUUGAAAGAUUUACCAGGGCUGAGUUGGAGGCGUUGAAAAUCGACACGGCGGCCAUAUUUGAUGCUUCUGAAAGUGACGUGAUUGAUAGAAUAAGAGAUUGUCAUAAAAGGCACAUUGAGCUGAUACAUUACAGCGGGCUGUAUAAUUCUUGUACAUCGCCGAUUUUAUUACUCUACACUUUUAUAUGUACAGUAAUACUCUGUUCCACAGCCUAUCAAAUUACCAGCCUGGAAACGAGUAAAAUGCAGCAGUUAAUGACAGUCAUAUACCUUUUGUUUGGUGUUGCCCAACUCUUUCUUUACUGCUGGCAUAGUAAUGAUGUGCUAUACGCUAGUAUGGACCUAAUCCGUGGACCGUAUGAAAGCAAAUGGUGGACGCAAACCCCAUCUCAUCAAAGAAAUCUUUUCAUUCUAGUUGUUCAAUUGUCCAAAACUAUUAUAUUCACCGCCGGACCAUUUACCAAUCUCACCGUUGCUACUUUUAUAAAUAUACUGAAAGGCGCUUACAGUUAUUACACGCUGCUUUAA